GGCAGUUUUGUCUCUGCGUUUUCGCUUAUUAUUUAAGAGGACUCUCACUCUCUCCUCAACCUUUUAUCAAAGGACAGUAAUCUAAACGGAAAUUGAAGCCGAAAGCUCGUUGAAAGCCCAUACCAACUACCAAGCUUUGAUUUUUCUUUCUUUUUUGUCUCUGGGAUUUGAGAGUUGUGAAGGUUAAGAAGGUCUUGAGUGAUGGCAUUACAAGAGAAGUUAGAUAGAUUUAAACAGCAGCAGGAGAAGUGUCAGUCGAUGCUCUCCAACAUUGCAGCAAAAUCAGCAUCUUCUAGGUCCACUCCAAAACCUGCACCUGCGGCCGCCUCCCCCUUUCCCAGUGCAAGACCUUCUGCUCCUGUCAAAUUCUCAAAUGAUACCGAGAGGCUUCAGCACAUUAACAGCAUUCGAAAAGCUCCUGUUGGAGCUCAAAUGAAGCGUGUUAUUGACAUUCUGUUUCAGACAAGGCAAGCUUUCACACCAGAGCAGAUCAAUGAAGCAUGUUAUGUUGAUGUGAAUGGCAACAAAGAUGUCUUUGAGGGCUUGAGGAAAAACCCAAAAGUGAACUAUGAUGGAAAGCGCUUCUCUUACAAGGCUAAGCAUGACGUUAAAAACAAGAAUGAACUUCUUGUCUUGAUUCGGAAAUAUAUUGAAGGCAUUGCUGUUAUUGAUCUCAGGGAUGCAUACCCGAAUGUGAUGGAGGACUUGCAGGGUCUGAAAGCUGCAGGUCAGAUUUGGCUGCUAUCAAAUUUUGAUUCUCAGGAGGACAUUGCCUUCCCAAAUGAUCCCAGGGUGCCUAUUAAGGUUGAUGAUGACCUUAAAGAGCUAUUUCGGUCUAUUGAAUUGCCACGAGACAUGCUCGACAUCGAAAAAGAUCUCCAAAAGAAUGGCAUGAAACCUGCUACUAACACAGCAAAAAGGAGGGCUGCUGCACAAGUCCAAGGAAUUACCUCCAAACCCAAACCCAGACAGAAAAACAAAGAGUUCUCCAAGAAGGCCAAGCUAACCAAUGCACAUCUUCCAGAACUUUUCCAGAGUCUUAAAAAUUCUUGAAGUUAGUUGCAGAUCUCAUACGACCUCGAUGGGCUGCUGGCCACCACCAUAUUUAUUAAGGUUAUCACUGACGAUGAAUAACAUAAUUUCUCAUUAUAUAGAACAAGGUAUUACAAGGGUUCUGGCCAUGACUUACGGUUAAACCCGUAUAAUCCUACAAACUCAUACGGUGCUAUAUAUAACUCGGUACUCCAACAAUCACCAUGCUUCCAUCAAUGCUAUAUGCUAUUGGGUAGACUUACAAUGCCCUACUAAAUUGAAUGUUGGAUAUAUAUGUAGACCAAGCAAUGAAAAUCCUUUUUUCUUUCCCUUGUAUGUAUGUAGCAACAAUAUUGGUCCAAUUGUUAAAUUGUAACAAUAGCAACAGUUACUACAUUUUCUUGUUGUUUGAUUUGUAUGCUUUGAAACUUUGAACCCAAAAUUUCUAGAAUGGAAAGCCUACUGGUUGCACGUUAUUGCAA